AUGGCUCGGGGCGGGGCAGGGGCAGAGGAGGCCUCCCUGCGCUCAAACGCAUUGUCCUGGCUGGCCUGUGGGCUCCUGGCACUGCUGGCCAAUGCCUGGAUCAUCCUCAGCAUCUCGGCCAAGCAGCAAAAGCACAAGCCGCUGGAGUUACUGCUCUGCUUCCUGGCGGGCACACACAUACUCAUGGCGGCUGUGCCCCUCACCACCUUCGCCGUGGUGCAGCUACGGCGGCAGGCUUCUUCUGACUAUGACUGGAACGAGAGCAUCUGCAAGGUCUUUGUGUCCACCUACUACACACUGGCCCUGGCCACCUGCUUCACAGUCGCCUCGCUCUCCUACCAUCGCAUGUGGAUGGUGCGCUGGCCCGUCAACUACCGCCUCAGCAACGCCAAGAAGCAGGCGCUGCAUGCUGUCAUGGGCAUCUGGAUGGUCAGCUUCAUCCUCUCCACGCUGCCCUCCAUCGGCUGGCACAACAAUGGCGAGCGGUACUACGCCCGUGGCUGCCAGUUCAUAGUCUCCAAGAUUGGCCUGGGCUUUGGCGUCUGCUUCAGCCUCUUGCUCCUUGGGGGCAUUGUCAUGGGGCUGGUCUGUGUGGCCAUCACCUUCUACCAGACGUUGUGGGCCCGGCCCCGGAGGGCUCGGCUGGCCCGGAGAGCGGGGGUUGGGGGUGGGGCCAAGGGGGGUGGGCCAGGGGGGUUGGGUACCCGGCCAGCUUUUGAGGUGCCAGCCAUUGUGGUGGAGGAUGCCAGAGGCAAGCGGCGGUCCUCGCUGGACGGCUCUGAGUCGGCCAAGACAUCCCUGCAGGUCACCAACUUGGUCAGCGCCAUCGUCUUUCUCUAUGACUCACUCACAGGGGUGCCCAUCUUGGUGGUGAGCUUCUUCUCCCUUAAGUCGGACUCGGCUCCGCCGUGGAUGGUGCUGGCUGUGCUGUGGUGCUCCAUGGCGCAGACGCUGCUGCUGCCCUCCUUCAUCUGGUCCUGCGAGCGCUACCGUGCCGACGUGCGCACUGUGUGGGAGCAGUGCGUGGCCAUCAUGUCGGAGGAGGAUGGCGACGACGAUGGCGGCUGUGAUGACUAUGCAGAUGGCCGAGUGUGCAAAGUUCGUUUUGAUGCUAAUGGUGCCACAGGACCAGGGGGCAGGGACCCCACCCAGGUGAAGCUGUUGCCUGGAAGGCACAUGCUCUUUCCCCCUCUUGAGAGGGUCCACUACUUACAGGUACCCCUGUCCCGCCGUCUGUCCCAUGAUGAGACCAACAUCUUCUCUACACCUCGGGCACCAGGCUCCAUCCUACAUAAGUGGUCAUCCUCUGAUGACAUCCGGGUCCUCCCAGCCCAGAGCCGAGCCCUGGGGGGCCCUCCUGAGUACCUGGGACGAAGACAAAGGCUGGAGGAUGAGGAGGAUGAGGAGGAAGCUGAAGGUGGGGGGCUGGCCAGCCUUCGCCAGUUCCUGGAGGGUGGGAUGUUGGGGUCAGGUGGGGGACCCCCACGGGGUCCUGGCUUCUUCCGGGAAGAGAUCACCACCUUCAUUGAUGAGACACCUCUGCCUUCUCCAACUGCUUCGCCGGGGCCCUCUCCUCGCCGGCCCAGGCCCCUGGGCCUCUCACCCCGCAGGCUUUCCCUUGGGUCCCCUGACAGCAGAGCCGCUGGACUUCCUUUGGGCUUAAGUGCAGGGAGACGCUGCUCCCUGACAGGAGGUGAGGGGAGUGCAAGACCUUGGGGAGGAUCCUGGGGCCCAGGUAAUCCCAUUUUCCCCCAGCUGACGCUGUGA